AUGGUGAAGAGUUCCGGCGGCGUGCAGCCCCGGUUGUUGAAACGGACGGGUGCGGGAGCCCACGCCGCCUCUCCUGCGGGGCACAGCGGCUCUCGUGGGAAUAGUGUUGGGGUCGUCGGUAGAACCGCAGGGGCGGAGGCCUUGCCAGGCGUGGGCGCGAGAGACACGCCGCAGCGGGAGUCGCGGCUGCAGCGGAAGGCAAAGAAGGAGGGACAGCCGUUGACCGCGAAGCAGGACGCGAGCAGCAGCGGCAGGAGGAUGCACAGAGGCGCACGUGGUGGCCAGCACGGGGGAGCGGCAAGGGCGACGACGAUCGUACGUGACGGGCAGCGCCCUGCACGCCGGUCUGCUGGCGGUGGCCGGAAGCAGGAGCAACACCGCCAGCUCGCCGCGAAGCUUGUGGCCCGUGAACGGCACCCGAGCCGGAGGACGGCGGCGGAGGCGAGGAUGGAGACGGCGAAGGCGGAGCUCGCGCUGUUUGACCAGGUGCUGCAGGCUCCCUCGUUUGUGGAGAACCCGUUUGCCGCCAUUGAGGGGCAUCUGAACGAGGCCAUGACGUGCCUGCAGCCGCAGACCCCCGACGUGGGGCGCCGCUGCGUGAAGGAGUAG